CUCAGACAGAAGCCCUACGAGCGUCAGCUUCUGGACAUUAUGAGCAAAGAGGGCAGUGAAGGACUGGACACAGACUGGAGAAUACCGCCGCAAACAUCGCAGCCUGACUCGGGCAGUGACCAGGACGCCCCCGCUCAGCAACCUCAGGAAGAGGGUGAGGCUGAAGAUCUGGAUAGAGCCCCGGAAGCUCAAGAACACCGAGCUGAAAGCCGCGCCCAGUCACCAGCUGUGAUACCUGUGGUGCCCCCCAGACGUUGUGCUGCUGCCACUGCUGCAGCAAUUGGGGGACCACCACAGGAGGAAGGACGGCGACUGGGUGAUCAACCUGCGGCACAACCGGGGCUCAUUGAUGCGAUGAUGGCUGCCAUGCAGCCUAUGCUCCACCAGCAGCGCCGCCAGGAACUCUGGAUGAUGCGGUGGAUGGCCCAAAUCCAUACGGAUAUUAGGGAGACCCAGGUGACCAUCCAUCGUGGAUUCCAGGACCUGGUGGCAGCCAUGGCAGCCCAGCCUCAUCGACCAGGGGCCUCUGCUGAGGGUGAAGUCCCUGGUCCACCUGCUGCUCCCCCUCCACCCCCUUAAGCAACAUCGAAGGGAAAGGGGGCAUAGAAGGGGACACGGUCCUGUCCGAGGGGACAAACUUCCCUAGCUCCAGUCUGUGUCAUUUUCCAUCUGACACUGGCCUCUUUGCCUAUU